UCAAAGAAAAUUUGUUUAGUUAAAAAACAGCUGAUUAUAUUAUUACUUGUAGGAUUAUGCGAUGAUAGCAGGAUAUGUUCACGUUGCAUUAUUAAGUUAUAAUGCUUAAAAAUGCAGAAAUUUUACUGUCAAAUACAAAGCUUGUGUGUUACUCCUGUAAGCAGUUGUCCUGCACGGCUGCUGGAGGUAUCCUAAAUUACGCACAAAGAGCUUUUUUCACUUUCAGUGAUCUGACGAAUAAAAAUCGGGAAUAUGUUAAAAAAGAAUUAAUAGGCCUAUGUAAUUGGUUUACCGUGCAAUAUUUCUUGAUUCGGAAUACUUUGGCAGUUAUAUAUUAAAUAAGACAAUGAAGGGAAUCAGCAUGAAUAUCGCUUGCAUACGUUUACAAAUGUAGGAAUUAUUAUUAUUAUCGAUCUAGAAAGAUGUAAGUGACAAGGCAGAAAUCUAAAUCAUUUUAUCAUCAGCAUUGAUUGUGGAACUAGAUAGUAAUGAACAACUUCACGCAGGCGCAAACAAAAAUGUCGCCGAAUAUUAAAAUUGACACCCUGAUUAAAAAAUUAGCAAUUAGUUUCCGAUGUUCCAUAACUGUAUUUCCAAAUAUCAUUUUAAUUUGUAUUUAAUGUAUAUUUCUGUAGUAACUUAAUAAAUACUGUCUAUCACUCCCCUUACGAAGUCGAUGAUAUUUAACAGUAUAACAACACGUAUUUAUUUACUUUGAGAAUCUUACAACCAUAUAAACCUAAUUGUCUGACUAUUCUACAAAUUAUUAUAAAAGUGAAAAAUACUUCCCUAAGUAUUCAGUUUAUACGAAUUAAUGAAUUUAACUAAAUGUAGAAAUUUUUUCGAUGAAUGUAAGUAACAGCAAACCAGGACAAAAUACAUAUGUAAUAAAUGUAAAUAGUAUAUGUGUUAUAUGAAAGAAUAAGAGAAAUUGGCUUUUAAAACGUAAACUUUAUAAAUUACACCAAAAGUCAUUUUAUACUGUA